CCCUUGGAUUCCGAAACCAGUCGUAUACAAAGAGGACACGUCGGCAGAGGUAAAAAGGCGCAAAACACUAAAACCCCCGACCAAACCUUUCGACGUAAUAAAUAAAUAAAAAUAUUCAAUCUUCUCUCUUCUUCUUAUUAUUUUUGUUACCAAAUAAAACAUUGGGGAUUUCCCUCAUCAUAUCUUGCAACCCGGGAUUUCUAGGGUUUCUGGUUCGAUCGAUUUCUCGAUUUCUCGGUCGCGGGUGUUCGCCGCUCCUCGCUCACGAACGCCGCUGGCUGUUUCCGAUUUGUCGGUUUCCUUCCGAUCUCUCUGUACAACUCUGAAAUGUGACGGAUAUUGGUUUGUUACUCUGAAUUGAUGAGGAAGAAGAGGAAAGGCGGUGAGGCUGACCCGUACCCAGAUCCAUUGGAAGAUGUGACAUCACAGGCGGAAGAUGUGACAUCGAAGUCGUGCAACUCUAGAUCAUCGGCCCUUACAUCGCAUUAUUCUCUAGAGGAUUUUACAAGGUUGAAGAAGCGGUGCAAAGAAGAUGAUGCUAGCACUGAACCUGUGGUGUCGCAUACAAGUAGGCUUGCAGGCAUUGCCACUGCUCCGCCAUGUGGAACUUCGUCUUUGGUUGCACCCGGAAGAGGUAUCAAGAGGAAGAUAGGGUGUAUAGAUGUUGCUACCCAGAUGGGUAGGAAGAAUAAGAUUGAAGAAGAUUAUGUUUCGGGUGAAACACUUGGGCAUGGAAAGUUUGGGUCGGUUUGGUUGUGUCAGUCCCGGGUUAGUGGUGCAGAGUAUGCAUGUAAGACUCUGAAGAAAGGGGAGGAGACUGUUCAUAGGGAGGUGGAGAUAAUGCAGCAUUUGUCUGGUCAUCCAGGGGUUGUGACAUUGCAGGCUGUGUAUGAGGAGUCGAAUUGUUUUCAUCUUGUGAUGGAGUUGUGUUCUGGAGGGCGCCUAAUUGAUCAAAUGAUUCAGGAGGUUCAGUAUUCAGAGCAACGGGCUGCUAAUAUAUUCAAGGAAGUAAUGCUAGUUAUCAAGUACUGUCAUGAUAUGGGGGUAGUGCACAGAGACAUAAAGCCAGAGAACAUACUUCUCACAAAAGCAGGAAAAAUAAAGCUUGCAGAUUUUGGGCUGGCUAUGAGAAUAUCAAAUGGUCAAAAUCUGACUGGUUUGGCUGGCAGUCCAGCUUAUGUUGCACCAGAAGUUUUGCUAGGAAAGUAUUCUGAGAAGGUGGACGUCUGGAGUGCUGGUGUCCUCCUCCACGCACUCUUGGUUGGCAUUCUUCCAUUUCAAGGAGACUCCCUAGAAGCAGUUUUUGAGGCAAUUAAGAACGUGAAACUUGAUUUCCAUUCAGGCAUAUGGGAGUCAAUUUCGAAACCUGCUCGGGAUCUUAUUGGGAGAAUGCUGACAAGGGAUGUUUCAGUACGGAUAACAGCAGAUGAAGUACUAAGGCAUCCAUGGAUAUUGUUUUAUACUGAGCGAACACUAAAGGCACUAACCAUUAAAUCAAGAUUGAAGAACCCAGCAGGAGAACCUUCUCGCCAGCUUGUCAUUCCACCCAGACUCAAGGCAUGUCUAAACCAGUCAGAAGAUGGCUCUCUCAGUGAAACUUCAGGUCUCCCUUCAUCUUCUGAUAGCUGCAAGUCAGAAGAUGGGGGCGAUUCUGGUUUAGUGGACGCACUUGCCACUGCAGUUUCACAUGUGAGAAUUUCUGAGCCAAAACGGAGCAGGGUGUGUGGUCCAACAGGUCGUCCAAUCGAGCAGCAGUGUUCAUCUAACAUGAAAGCUAACAACCUCUGUAAAGCGUUUUGACCCUGGUGACAACCUGACACCUUCAAUAUCAUUAUCUCCACUGUUUUUAAGCUGGGGAAUUGAAAGUAACCUCCCGGGUAAUUUUCAGUGAGCAAAGAUAACAACUUGACAUAAGUCGACUGGAUCGAGGUAGUAGUUUGGGUGUCGUUUACAUAUUGCCUGUGAAAUCUCGCUACAACUCUUCUUUCUCUUUCAUAUUUCUUUCCUUCAACCUAAUAAUGAUUCUAACCUGAUGAAGUGAGAGAAUCCAUGUACAGAAUGAAUGUGUAAAUAGGAUGCUGCAUUGUAUUUUGAUAUGUUUGAAAAAGUGUGUUUUCUUGAGCAA